AUGGAGGGAGUGAGUGGUGGGUCAGUGCCAGCUGGCCAGGCCAACCCGGCCUCAGGCUCAGCCCUGACUCCCGAGCAAGUGCUGGCUGGCUUCAACAAACUGUGGCAGGAGCAGCGCGGGCUGGCAGGGGAAGGGGCCGAGCUGAAGCAGGAGGCGGCAGACCACGGGCUUGUGAUUGACAUCCUGACAGAGGUGGAUCCCAGACACAAGUUUUUCUGGAUGGUUGGAGGAGUGCUGGUGGAAAGGACUGUGAGAGAGGUACUGCCGGCUCUGGAAAGUAACAAACAGCAGCUGGUGAAGCUGAUUGAGAACCUGAACGCCCAGGUGCAGAGUAAAAGUCGGGAGUUGAACGAGCAUUGGGAGAAGUACAACAUCUGA